AUGGGGUGUGUGAGCGCGCUGCUGGCCAGCUCCCUGGCCGAGGAGAUGCAGUGGACGCCCUACAACUCGCUGCUGCAGCAGUACCAGCAAGCUUCCUCUCCCUACCAGCAGGCUGCUUCAACACAGGACCAACAGUUCCAAGCCAGCGACUUCUCCGGCGGUUUCGACUUCGGUAGCCACGGAGGCAGCUCUCACGACGGUGGUGACUACAGUGGCGGUGACUACGGUGGCCAUGACCUAAAAUCCCACGUCUACCCCGUCCACCAACACGUGGAAGAAGAAAACCCUGAACCCAUCAAACACUACAAAGAAAUUGUCGUCCCUCUGCCCAAGAACGUAGAGUUCAAAGUCAAUCAGCCAGUCAUCAUUCCUGUACCCCACCCUAUUCCCAUCCAAGUGCCAGUUCCUAAGGCCGUCGUCAUCCCUAUCAUUAAAGAGGUUUCCAUCCCUGUAGAGAAGUCUGUACCAUACCCCGUAGAAAGGAUUGUACAUGUACCAAAGGUGAAAGAAGUACCUUUCGAGGUGGUUAAACAUAUUUUGGUCCCUGUAGAAAAGCCUGUGCCUUUUAAGGUUCCCGUUUACGAAACUAUUAUCCACACUAAAAAGGGACAGCAUAAGAUUUAAAUUGAGAAAUGAAAAUGGCCGACAGAUGAUGAAACUUUUCAGUUUUGCGUCGACUAUCUUUUGUUUUUAUUCUCAUUCAUUUAUUGAAUGUUCUUGCUUUACAUCUAUCAUUUCAUGGGCAAUUAUUUCUUCAAGAAAACUACGAUUUUCUGAAGCAUUAACUCUUUUAAAAUAUUUCAUUUUCUUAAAGCAUUGUUAUUUCUAAGCUGAAAACUCUUCCCCACCUUUUAAAAAUGAUAUUUCGUCUAUAAAAUAUGGGAACUUUAAUAUUUUACAAAUAUUGUGGCCAGGAUUAUCGUGUAAUGGCGUUCCAAUAUUUGUAGGCUUAAGGCUGAAAGGCCAUUAAGUAUAAGACCUUUAUGUUAAAACCGCCUUGUUGUUACGUUGGUACUAUUGUUAUGUUGUUACUGUUGUUAUGUUGUUGUCGAGUUGUUGGGUGUUUGAGUGUGUGUGUGUUGUAA